UAAUCUAAAUUUAAAUUUCAUUGGCUAAGAAAUGGAUUAAGAAAUUGGCUAAUCAAAAGAGUUGGGGUUAUUUUAAACAAGAAAAGAUUAUCGUCUGAUGCACUUUAACAAAUGGUGUUUUUAGUGAAGCUUUUCAUUUUUAAUUUCCAACAAUUUCAAUUUUAAAUUAUUCUAGUGUUGACUUGAUUUCAAUUUUAAUCACUUUUGCUCUAAACAUGUUCAAGAUGGUGGAACCUUACCCGCUACUAGCCGCUGGAAUCGCCGUUGCUAUCUCUGUGUUUACUAUAACCCUUAUAUACGGUUUUUCAUGGGGAAUUCCCAGGCAUACUACUACAGGAAUCAGAUUACGAUUGUUUGGUAUGGCCGGUUCAGCACUUCUUUCGACGUUAUUUCUUCAUUUAGGUGGUUUUAUUACGGCUUGUGAACUGAUUCCUAGCAUUGAAUACUCAUUUGAGCUGUUCCUUGAAACUAUGUUGCUUCCCCUUGGGAUAACUAUAAUACUUUUAACUGGGCCUAUUGUUGAUCGAGCCAUGAGCAAAUCUGUUUUCACUGCACCUUCACACUAUCAGGUUCACGAAAAGUUUCGCAGUUACAUCGCUGCUCCAGUAAUUGAGGAAUAUUUGUAUCGAUUUUUGCUGUCAUCGCUAUUGCUUAAAAGUUUCUCGGUUGAGUACACAAUUUUGAUACAAGCGAUUCUUUUCUCGCUCAGCCAUGCUCAUCAUCAUUAUAUGGCACUGUUACGGAGUGGCUCAUGUGACUGGUCUCAAUUGGGCGUCCACACACUAUCAACCUUCCUCUUUGGAUUGUAUUCCGGCUUUCUUUACGUUAGGUGUAAAUCAAUAGUCUGUUUGUCAUUGAUUCAUGGCUUCUGUAACUGGAUAAAUGUACCUAGAUUUAGUCGACUCUGGUCUAAAUUCUAUAAGACCUUUGCAACCUUUUUUGGCCUGAUGUCUGCAACGGUUCUUUUAUAUUUUUUCGGAAAUGAUUACACUCGAUAUCGCGCUUUGAUUCCAUGUAAAUAGUUCAAUAUCACACCAUGAAUUUUCAUUAUACCAGACGAAGCUUGUCGCAAUAUUUCUUACACUUAUCAAUAGCUUCACAUUGACCUCUGACUUUUUAAUUAUUGAUUUUUAUAAUGAUCUAUGACAUUGAAACAAUCUGAAACUUAAUAAAUUUAAAUUAGUUGAAAAAA